AGCCGACUUAUGCUUGCAAUUUUACGGACCGUGUUAUUAAAGAAAACGCGAUAAAGUGGCGCGACGGGACCAACCCACUGUCGAAACCAAAGUCGGUCGGUCAUUCAGCCUCUAGAUUCUAGUAUGCUGGACGAUAAAGCCCCGCGCAAAUUCGGGAGUCUAAGCCCUGACACUCAACAUGAAUCUUUCCAAGACGCUCCGACUGGCUCAAUGGCGUCCGACUCUAAUAUCACAAUCGCAUUCGACGAUCCGAACUGCUCGCAACCAACCGAGACUACCCCCGAGACGGUCACGGCCGUACCUGUGAAUAGACCGAUUGAUAAAGCUGCUGAACAUGCAGCUGUAGCGCUCGGUGCUUCUGCAAACCCCUCGACGCAAGCUGGCAGCUCGAAAGACGACGCUAUCGAUAUUACAGACGACGAGAGCAGACUGCACACGCCAGCUCGAUUCGUCCACGAAGGUCAGAUCGUUUGCGCAGCGAAUCAAGUCUCUACGCCGCCCGCUCAGCCAACCAUCCUGGCCACCACGGAGGAUUACAACGACGAACUCGAUACUAUUGAAAACUGGACGAUCGACCGCAAACAGUGCAUUGUUACGUUCGCGAUGAAACGAACAGAUGGAAGCAAGCGGUUGGUGCCUGAGUGCAUAGUUCAAGCCCAAAAUCAAGAUAAGGUCCUGGCCUUUUGGGGAAAGUUCGAGCAGCCACGAGAGACCACAACUAAAUGCAGCACAUACCGAAUUUUCAAAAUACUGGACCACGACUUUAAAGGCAAGAUUAUACGGGUACGAGUACAAUGGGUUGGAUACCUGGAGGAGCUUGCCACCUGGGAAAAUGCGUCGAAGUUGUUGAGCACCCUUGAUAAGGAUAGGGUAAAGGAAUAUCUAGAAAGAGUUCCAGUAGGGCCUGAUAUAUCACGUAUCCGCGAACUGUUGGAUAAACAUUCGAAGACUGGAGUGACGCCUUCCAAACGCAGAUCGUCUGCGGCGAACCCGCCAUCCAAGCGGCCCCGGGCUGAACCCACAAAAGCUGCAGGAGAAAAAUCUCAAACUGGUCCAGCAUCGAUAAAGCACAGUCGUCCUCCGAAGAAGCCACCUGUAACUCCAACUUCAGCACCGGCUUCAUCUCCGUCUCCGGCCCCGGGUCCAGGUUCAACUGGAAUAGUGGCAUAUGACUUGCGCCCCAAGGACAAGAUCAUGGGCGGCCUUUCAGAUUCUGACCUUUAUCCACUGCAGCCCGGCGUAUCUGGUAAGCAAGCAUGGCUUACUGGCAGGAUCAUCACAUCCUUCCUAAAGAACCUGGCCCUCCUCUGCGACAUGGCGACUUUCGAAGUCGUAGAGCCCGGGUCAUCUGACCGUUUGCUAUCGAAAGACAUUCGCAAAUUUGCCGAGACCAACGGCGCCAUGGUUGCCAUCUGCUUUAACAGCCAUUGGGUUUUGGUCAUGAUCUGGCCCUCGCGCCGUGAAGUCGGGAUCUGGGACUCACUUCGGUCAAACAAGUCGGACAAGCCAACUGAGCCAGAUAGGCCAGUAAUAGAGUACGUUGGGUUUAACAUCCAGCGACUUUUGGGCAUCGAUCCACCAACAUUUGAGCCCUCCGCCUCAGCCACUGCUUCCGGCUGGAAAAUAAAGUGGGAGCCAUGCCCACAGCAGCAGUCUGACUUUGACUGUGGGAUCUCCGUCCUGGUUGCAGCGAGCUUUUAUGCGACCGGCCACGAAAUGCCUUCUUCUUUGGCUUAUGACCUGUGGCGGCGGCUACUGUUGGCCAUCGCUUCAGGAAAUGUGUUCUCGCUGCCGAAGAUGGAGGAGCUACCCGAAUCCCUCCGCUCGCUGCCUCCAAAGCCCGAUAUCAAACUGAUUGGAACACAUAUUCAGGGGCUACAAGAUUUUCAAGCCCGCCAAGUCGCUCGAGCAUCCAUUGUCGAGGCCCUCCCCACCGCAAUUUCUGUUAUAAAAAGUCUAAAAGCCCAGGUGGCGGAAAAGUACAUGCAGACGCGUUUUGUCGAUCUUGAGGAUCUGUACUUUAGACUCCAUAACAUCAGUCUCGAUACUUACUCACAAAAGUUGGACGUGCCUUCCGAUUCUCGAUAG